AGGGUCGUAAAAUGUGAGAACUUGAAUCGAAGUGCGUCAUUGUACUUACAGCGAAGCCACGGAUCACGUGCACCAGCGACCACGUGAUUUUGCUGAGGCGAGCGGGAUGAUGUCAUCUGUUCUGGGUAGCUGUGGUUGGCUUGGCUUAGGCGUGAUGGCCGGAACAGCCACGUGCGGUGUAACGGCCUUUCUCUCAGGGGGUUCUUGCGCCUGUGGGAGAGAUAGGAUGUGAACGUUGGUGUUAACGCGCGUUAGGAACUAAUAAAUGCCCCAAGAGAGAGGCCUCCUGUGCUGUAGGAAGAACAUGGAUAAGGAUAAACAAAAGAAGGCCUGUAAACAUAUUGGAAAAAUAUUUAAAGUCCUCAAAAACAUACACAGUAUGGAAGUAUCUUAGAAUCAUAAUAUUGAGAGAGAAAAAGCAAGCCUGAGAAGAUAACAUGUAGUUUAAUACCAGUUUUUAUAGAGUUCAAAGACAAAAUAAAAAUUAUGUAGGCAUGCAUAUGCAUGUGAUCAAAUUAUAUUUAAAAAACUAUAUUAGAAAAAGAAGUGAGUGACAAAGACCCCAUUUAGGCACCUGUUUAUCUCAGCGGGAAGGAUGGGUGUGCCCUAGGAGAGAGACAACAUUAAAAGAUAACAAUUUGCUGGUAAAACUCUAGUUCUUGGGAUGCGUGGGAAUCUUUUAACUGAGCCAGUUGGCUACUUGGAAUCCUGUUUCUCAGCCAAGAAUGGUACUCCAAGGCAGCCAUCUGUUUGUAGCCAUUCGCGAGCUUGUUUGAGAAUUCGGAAGAGCAUCUUUAAUAAUCCUGAACAUUCCUUGAUGGGCUUAGAACAGUUUUCUCAUGUUUGGAUUUUGUUUGUUUUUCACAAAAAUGGUCAUUUGAGCUGUAAGGCAAAAGUGCAGCCUCCUAGGCUGAAUGGCGCAAAGACUGGAGUUUUCUCCACAAGGAGCCCUCAUCGUCCCAAUGCAAUAGGAUUGACUCUGGCCAAGCUGGAAAAGGUAGAAGGUGGAGCCAUAUACCUUUCUGGAAUUGACAUGAUUCAUGGCACACCUGUCCUAGACAUAAAGCCCUACAUAGCUGAGUAUGACUCACCACAAAAUUUGAUUGAACGUUUACAGGACUUUAAUUUACAGAAUAACCAAUAUAAGCACCCAAACACGCCCCGUUCCGGUGGCAAGACUGACAGCUGUGACCAGCAACAGCUCUCAAGGUAUGAUAAACCACAACACUAUGGUCACACUGAGGAGAAACUUAAAUGUGCCGAAGACAGAACUUCAGGAGAAAACUAUAUGAAACAUGACAGCUCAACACAAAUACGGCGAAACUCCCCUAAGCACAGGGAGAUAGUGGGAGAUUUGGGUGUCAAAUCCAGAAGUGAUCAGAGUCCAAGUGUGGCAGAAGAGCAAAUCGGCCCAUAUUUCCUGGAGAAGAGCUUCUCAGAGGAAGGUACAGAAAGGAGGCAAAGGAGAGGGAAAGAAGCAGUGAUUGCACAAGGAAGUAGUACAGAGGUCCAGCCUGUGGUCCUUCACGGCCGUCCCAGGAGGGCUGAUGCAGCCCACUGCAGCGUGGUCCCCGCGUGGGUGAGAGAGGCCCCUGUGGCCACCUUGGAAGUGCGGUUUACUCCUCACGCAGAGAUGGAUCUUGAGCACCUCAGUUCAGGAGGUGUACCAGAUGGCAGUCAGUCUUCAUUUAAAUAUUUUCAAUCAGCAGAGGAAGCAAGGCAUGCCAUUGAGGCUGUGUUGUCAGCUGACCCUCGGUCUGUAUAUCGACGAAAGCUCUGCCAGGAUCGCCUUUUCUACUUUACUGUAGACAUAGCGCAUGUCACUUGCUGGUUUGGUGAUGGCUUUGCAGAGGUUCUAAGGAUCAAGCCAGCUUCAGAGCCUAUUCAAAUGACUGACCCUACAGAGUCCUUGGUGUCUCUGGGAUCGUAAGUAGCCUCUAUCGUGUGUUUUAAACAGCCUAAUUGACUUUGGAUGGGGCUGUUGGAUUAUCUGUAUAAGCUAACGAUGUGCCGCCUUUGCAAAAAGAAGCAACACUUUGUGAUCUCAUUGCUUUGAUUGAUUUGGGUUGUUCAGAAUAUUUAUUUGAAAAACCUAUAUUUUAAUAAAGUGAGAGAUGUAAAAUUUAGAGAAAUUGCCAUAUGCUUUUCAGUUGGUUAAUGUUGAAGAAUCCAAAGGUGUUGAUGUCUCAUUGAUUUCUGAAAGAAGCUGAUUAUUCUUGGCACUUGGUAAAACUGGGUGGAGAGCAUUCUAGCAGGAACUUAACAAGCUAAGGGGAUCUGUUCAACAAUUCAUACUGGUUUUCUUGUCUGGAAUAGCUUGACCCCUCUAUUUUAUUUUAAAUCAAACUGAGUUAACAUUGUUUUAAGAAACUAACAGAUCUGGGGCACCUGGGUGGCCCAGUUGGUUGAGUGUCCGGCUUCAGCUCAGGUCAUGAUCUCACAGUUUGUGAGUUUGAGCCCCGCAUCGGGCUCUGUGCUGGCAGCUUGGAGCCUGG